AUGCCAUCUCAACAAGAUACAGUAAGGAAGAACUCAGAUGAUUUGAAUUUGAAUGGGCAGAACAAUAGUAAAUAUAAUUUUACUAAAUCGUCUAACAAGCCUCCCGAACAUCUUUCUGAAUUCUACUCCUUCAUGAGCAAUAGCUCGAAUAUACCGACCUCCCCUGGCCGAGAGCCCACAGGGGGAAGCUAUGAUUAUAGCCAGAGAAUAAAUAGAGAGCCAUCGUUGAAUACCUUUACUUCAUUCUCCCCAUCUGUGAGUGAUCUUUCAAAUAUAUUAACUUCACAAGACUUUCAACAUACCACUGAAAAAUAUAGCAAUAUUAUAGAUAAGGCUGAAAAAUUACGAUUAUCAUUGGCAAAUGUUUGUGAAGCAGCCAAUGAAUUUGGUCAUGCUUUGGAAGAUUCAAUAAACGAAUGCCCUAAAGUAAAUAAUUCGAAAAAUGUGAGCAAUGGGAUAAUGAAUGCGGGUGGGUUGCAGCAUAUAAUAGCAGCGAAUCAGAAUAUCUUAAGCAGCUUGAUAUUUCUGAGCUUCGAGAAACCGUUGAGAAAAGAGUUGAUAAAUCUUCAAGAAGAAUAUAAUUCCAAUUAUAAAUUUUAUCAGCAAGAAGUGAAAUCGAAAUCGAAAUUGUUAAAAGAGAAAGAGGUAGAAAAUGUGAAGCUUUCGAAGUCGAAGACAAGAAACUUGAAUACGUACAAAAUUAACUUGUUGAGUUUGACAAAUCAGAUUGAUGAUAUUGAUAGGUUGAAAUAUGAAUAUUACCAUGAAAUUAAUUCUAUGAUAGAGAAUUUUAAUCGAGAUCAUUUACUCAUUAGAACAGGUUCACUUGUAAGGGCCCAACUUGAAAUAUAUGAAGGCAUUGCAAAAAAAGGGUGGUCUGGCGGUGGAUUAGAUGAAUUAUUAGCUAUAUCUCCUGAUUUAUUCGGCACAGACUAUACUGAUGAAGAGGAUGAACAAUUAGAAGAUGAAGUUCAUGGUAAAGGCGACGAAAAUGUAUCUCAUGAAAGAAGGUCCAUUCAACGCGGUAAGGGUGGGUCUUUGAGCGGAGCAGACAGCAGUUCACAAAUAGAUGAUACAGAUAACACAAUAGAAUUAUCGAAACGAAGCCAUUCUGCUCUUAAUCUGGUUAGAUCUAACACGGAAGUAUCAAAUAAAAGUGCUCACGAGCUAGAGGACGAUUGCAGGCAGAGUAGUUCUAAGUUAGAAAAUAAUAAUAAAGGUAUAGGUGAAUGUUCGCAAGACGAGUCAUUUUCACUUCCUGCUAUCAAUUAUUCAAAUACUGUUCUAAAUCAAACAGCCAAGUUAUCAGAUUCAAACAGUACCAAAGAAAAUGAUAUCAGUAUUGACAAUAAUAAUAUACUCAACGAACUUGACGAUUAG